AUGGCCGACUGGAAAGAAACGAACACGCACCUCAGCAUCCUACGCAAUGCCGAGGCCGGCCGCUACGGUGUGAUAGCGGCCAUUGCAUACAAUAUCGAGCAGGUCCAUGGCCUGAUAAAAGCUGCUACAACUGCGCGCUCGCCCCUCAUCAUCCAAUUCUUUCCAUGGGCUAUUGAGGCUUUUGAUGGGACCCUCGUGCGCGCAGCUGCGGAUGCGGCUAAACGUGCCGACGUUCCCAUUUCUAUUCAUUUGGACCACGCACAGUCAGAGGACCUGAUUCGACAGGCUGCUGAGCUGCCAUUCGACAGCAUUAUGGUGGAUAUGUCGCAUCACGAAAAAGAGGACAAUUUGCGCAAAACGGCACAGUGGGUGCGGCACUGCAAUGAGCGACAAAUUGCCACUGAAGCGGAACCAGGCCGCAUUGAGGGUGGAGAGGACGGAGUAAUGGACACGGCCGGUUUAGAAGCUUGCAUGACUACCCCAGAGGAAGUUGAUGAGUUUGUUGGAACUGGGGUUGAUGCAUUGGCUCCCGCAUUCGGGAAUGUCCACGGUGAAUACGGUCCGCAAGGCCCUCAAUUGGAUUUUCAGAGGUUCGACAACAUUCGAGGGCAGGUGAACGGCAGGGUUCGAUUAGUAUUGCACGGGACGAACGACUAUGAGCCUGAUCUGAUGAAGAAAUGCAUCGCUGCUGGUGUCAGCAAGAUCAACGUCAACAAGCUUGUCCUGGAUGAAUACUACGCGCACCUUUAUGCGAGCGCUGGGAAGAUGCCGCAUACACAGCUAAUCGAGGAGGGCAUUGAGAAGGUGGUCCAGACGACGAUAAGGUGGAUGGAGAUUUGCGGCUCUGCGGGCCAAGCGUAG